GCACAUUAUUUGCUCUAUUAUAUAACUGCUCUUGUGACAUUGAACCCUAAAAAGUAACUGACAUCAUCCUCUCUCUCUGUUUGAAUGCUAGCUGAUCUAGUUAGAGCAUCUUUAUCUUAGGUCUAUGUACUCUUUAUAAGCCACGUAAUGAGGCUUUACUAGUUCAGAAGAGAAGUCGGAUAAUCAGGCACCCCCUUGAUGAAGUUUCUAUCCAAGGAUACCUACUAUGAAGUCUAUACAACUGCUAUGAGAGUUCAAUUCUCCGUAACUGAUUCAACCUCAAAAGAGGUAUUGAAUUUCAUCAUUUGAUUAUGCAACUGAUUCCAAGUUGUUAGGUAAUCAUUUUGAUGUGAGCUCUGCUCACUUUCUUCCAGUCAUUUCAAUCCUCAUCUUUCCUGCUUCUAGAUCUGUGAUUCCCUCUGACAAUGACAUCUAAAAGGCCUGUCGCUUAUUUAACCAGGAUUCAGCAUUUCAGUGCUGCUCAUCGACUACACAGUCCUCAACUGUCGGAUGCUGAAAAUGCCAAAGUUUAUGGGCCUUGCAAUAAUUUUCACGGGCAUGGACACAAUUAUAUCGUCGAGGUAACACUACGAGGCCCUGUCACCGUCGAUACAGGAAUGGUGAUGAAUAUCUCAGAUCUCAAGAAGCAUAUAAACACAGCUAUCAUGGAAACAAUGGACCAUAAAUGUUUGGACAAGGAUGUGCCCUAUUUUAAGGAUAUAGUCAGUACAACGGAAAAUGUAUGCAUUUUCAUCUGGAAUAAUUUAAAAAAGGUUAUGGAAGAUCCAUCUCUAUUGUAUGAAGUCAAAGUGUUUGAAACUGCAAAAAAUGUUGUUUUUUACAGAGGCGAGCAAGAGUAAGUUUAAAUUUUAUGAAAUCUAUUAAAACCCUGAUCAUCUUGUAAAAAUUUCAAUUUUCUGAACUGUGAACAGCAAAUUCAUUGAAAAAAGGGUGAUUUUGUCUGAUUUCAACAUCCUGUUUUGGGAAAAGACAUCAUUCAAAGCAUUGUACCUGGGCAUCUUUUAAAAGUUUUAUUGAAUUUACAAUCAUUGUUUUUUAAAAGCAUUUAAAAAUAAAAAACAAAGUUGGCUGUCAUGUAAUGUGAUAUUGCUGUGUCCUAUCAUAAUAAUUACAUUUUUGGCCAUACUCUCCUAAUUUUAAGGAAUAUCAUAAGUAUACAAAUAUUAGUCAUUCAAGUAUAUACUCUGCUAUGCCAUUGGUAAUUUUCAUCAACAUUUUUAAGUUUGGUGAAUUUCUUUCUCGGAAGAACAACAAUCUUCAGAAAGAAUGAAUUAAAAUACAUAUUAUCUUGUCGCCUCUGCUUUAGAAAACAGAAAAAAUACUCAAGAAAUGUAUUAAGACAUUGGAAUGAACUAUGCAGAUUUUAACUUGUCUUGUAAAUUGACUGAUUUAGUAGCUGCGUCAGUCAUUAAGUAUAUGCACACCACAGUUCGAUGGUUUUAUUGUAAACAGACACAUAAUCUCUUUGUAUCCAUGUCAGAGUGAUAGUGUGUCUAAGUCAAUCCAAAUUUCUCAUGUUUAAUGAGUCAUUUUUGUACUCACGAUUUGUUAGCAACCAAAUUAUAAUUAAUGAAUGAAUUCAUUAAACACUAUGCAGAAUUUGGCUUUAAAGCCAUGACAUAUUGCUUUGGUUGAAGUCAUCGAAAAUCAGCAAGUCAAAUAUUGCAAGAAUGACGUAGCCACUAAAUCAAUCUAUUCAUCUUAAUCAGAUAAGAUCAUUGUCUUACUUUUUCUAAUAUUAUAGUAGCAUGUUGCUAUUGCACUGCAUUUUUUUCUGCAUUUCUCUUGUUUGUAAAAAUUGUGAUUUGUUGUUUUCUUGACAACUUUAUUUGUUGCUGUUGAAGUUUUUGCCAAGAAAAAUUCAGUUUCCAUUUCUAAAUAAAUAACUACUUUUUUUUUAAAUCUGAA